ACAGCUGUUCAUUUGGUAAAUAAAAGAUGCUGAACUUACGAACUACUCUGAGACGAAUCAAAAUUACGCGCCGGCAUAUAUCUGCCCUAUAUAUCACGGGCGAUAAGGCAAAUGAAAACUAUGUGACGCUGCAGCCUUUUCUCGACUUUACCGACACUUUCCGAGACAAGACAGAGCUUGAGCGAAGCAUCGCUAGACGCUGGUUGGAUGUCAAUCUGGACGCCGUUCUCAGCAAGUACCACAAAUAUCAAUCCCACCAGGGUGAACUACUCAGACUAGAUGAAGAACGUGAAUCAGUUACCAAACAGCUGAAGGUUCUAGCUAAAUCCUGCCAAGAAGUAGAGGAGGCUGUAGUGCAGCAGCUUAAAGAGCGGGGCAAAAAGUUGCGCAACGAUGUGAAAAUAUUAAAGCAAACCAUUUACCCAAUUGAAGAUGACUUCAUACAUGACUUUCUCAAUUUACCCAAUCUGUUGCAUUCACAGUGUCCCAGCGGCCAAGAAGAGACACUUUUGUAUCGACAUGCCUUGCCCGAAAACGCUCGAAAGAAGGGACCAUCGCAUCUGGAGCGAGAGGAUCUUAUUCACUUUGUGGAUAACAAUCGUUAUUAUAUGAUGGAUCAAGCAGCUCAUUUUGAUGUAAAUGCCAUGCAAGCAUUAGCAAGAUAUUUUGUCACAAAGGGUGAUUUCAUCCAAACCGCCAAUCCAGACUUUGCGCGGUGUGUUCUCCUGGAGGCAAACGCAACACCCUUGGAACACUAUCAUCUCGUUAAGGAGGAACAUUUGCAGAAUAAACUCAACACUGCUUUUCUAACAGGAGGAGGCUCUUUCGAGAGUUAUCUAGGAGCCAUGACAAAGUUAUGUGUUUAUCCCUCGGUAUUGCCAUUGCGGUAUGUUUGCUGUGGACGCAGCUAUAGUCGAGCCGAGUCGCAUCAAUACGGAUCGUUAUCUAGUCUAUAUACGGCAACGCAAACAAAUGCAGUGCAAUGUUUCAUUGCCACGCAGACAUCGAACCAGGCAGACGAACAACUAGAGCACGUCCUUAAUCUAGCUAUUGACUUUUAUAAGGCUUUGGAUGUGCCCUUCCGGAUUGUCUAUGCCCCAGCAACAAGCCUUACUUCUGCAGAGUCCUUAAGGGCCGUCGUCGAAGUGUAUGCUCCUUCGCUGCAGCGAUAUAUCUCUGUCGGACGCAUCAGCAACUAUGGAAACUAUGUCUCUAAACGUAUUCUCUUUAGCACGAGGCGAGGAAAGGAAUAUGACUUCCUGCAUUUGAUUGGUGGCCCGGUGCUUUAUACCAGCAGACUCAUAGCCGCACUCCUUGAGCAUGGCAUCCAGUUGGAAAAGUGUCGUUUGCUUGGCUCAGCCAACGGCCAAUUAAAAACAACGCUGCAAAACGAUAUACAACAGUUCAAAGAACUUUUUAAAUAAAGAGGUCAGUUUCUAAUAUUACCCCUAACAGGAAA